GAAUCGACAUGGAAACAGCAAGCAUCGAUAGUCAACCGGACGAACAGCAGACAGAUGAAAGUAUGGAAGCGGACAGGUCUAUGUCCAGGUCCGACAGCGGGAGUGGAGAUGAUUCUUUGGAUGGCCUCCGAAACCGGAUCCCCCGAUGCCCUUUGACCCCGUCUUUAUCGCCACAAAAGCGGACCACAAGCCAGUCUAAGACCGAGCCCCCUCUGCUGAGGACCAACAAACGGACCAUCUACACCGCCGGCAGACCACCUUGGUACAACGUCACAGGGACCACCUUCAAAGAGGCUUUUGUUAUCGGUCUGUGUGGUGGAAGUGCUUCUGGUAAAACCACAGUAGCCAAUAAGAUCAUUGAAGCGCUGGACGUUCCCUGGGUGGUCCUGCUCUCCAUGGACUCUUUCUACAAGGUGUUGAAUAAAGAAGAGCAGGAGCUCGCCGCCAAGAAUGAGUAUAACUUUGACCACCCCGAUGCCUUCGACUUCGAGCUGCUGGUCACCGUCCUCAGGAAGCUGAAGAAAGGAAAAAGCAUCAAAGUCCCGGUUUACGACUUCACAUCUCACUGCAGACGCAAAGAAUGGAAAACGGUGUACGGGGCAAAUGUUGUCAUUUUUGAAGGCAUCCUGGCCUUUGCCAACAAGGAGCUGCUGAAGCUGCUGGACAUGAAGGUGUUCGUGGACACAGAUUCUGACAUCCGCCUGAUACGGAGGCUGAAGAGGGACAUCUCGCAGCGAGGACGGGACAUCAGCGGUAUCAUCAAACAGUACAAUAAGUUCGUGAAGCCGGCGUUUGAGCAGUACAUCGAGCCCACGGUGCAGUCUGCUGACAUCGUGGUGCCCAGAGGUGGAGAAAACUUUGUAGCUCUGGAUCUGAUCGUGCAGCACGUUCACAGUCAGCUGGAGAAGCGUGAGAUCACUGUGAGAUCGGCUCUGGCCUCGGCCCACCAGGGGCAACCUUUACCCAAAACCCUCAGCGUGAUGGAGAGCACGCCGCAGGUCCGCGGCAUGCACACCAUCAUCAGGAACAAGGAGACCAACAGAGAUGAGUUUAUCUUCUACUCCAAGAGAUUAAUGAGGCUUCUGAUCGAGCACGCUCUCUCCUUCCUGCCUCUCAAGCCGGUGUCCGUGGAAACACCUCAGGGUGGCGUCUACGACGGCAAGAGGCUGAGCGGGAAAAGAAUCACAGGUGUUUCCAUCCUGAGAGCCGGAGAGACCAUGGAGCAGGCUCUGAUGGCCGUGUGCAAAGACAUCAGACUGGGAAAGAUCCUCAUCCAGACCAACCACGACACAGGUGAACCAGAGCUCCACUACCUCCGUCUGCCCAAAGACAUCAGUGAGGACUACGUCAUCCUGAUGGACAGCACCGUGUCCACCGGCGCUGCUGCUCUCAUGGCUGUCAGAGUGCUGCUGGACCACGACGUAGCAGAGGAUAAGAUCUUCCUGUUGUCGCUGCUCAUGGCGGAGAUGGGCGUGCACUCAGUGGCGUACGCCUUCCCUAAAGUCCGCAUCAUCACCACGGCCGUGGACAAGGAGGUCAACGACCAGUUCCACAUCAUACCAGGCAUCGGUAAUUUUGGGGAUCGUUACUUCGGCACCGACGCUCCGUCAGACUGGUGUGAAAGUGAUGAAGGGAUGGACUUCUGAGGAGAGAAUCGGGGAUGUGGGGGGUCGUUACAGAAGCACUUAGAGCCACCGUGGGAAGAGCCUCUAUCAUCCUCCGCUGCUCUGACCUGCUGGUCGACGUCCUCCUGACGUGAGGCGAUGCUGUACAAACUGCUUCCUGUUCAGACGAGUAGAGCAGAGUUCACUGUUCGGUUGGUGUGAUCACUGAUCUGAGGCCGGAUUCGGUCCAUUCUCCAUUCACGUUUACAGCACAGUUAAUGAAAGGGGCCAAAGUGUCGCCUCUCCUGCAGGAUGUGGGACGUUCGUUGGAGCUGACAUCUUUUCACCCAGCUGAAAUUAUUCCGCUGCAGCCUCUAAAGGACGUGUUGCAGUUGCUGCCAGCUUAAGCUACUUAUAGAAAAAAGCUUGAAAAUGAUGUAAAUACUGUUGCCAGUGAUGUGUUUUUGUUGCUGCAGCUGCAGGCUGUGAAGCUUCAUGCUGCAAAUGUUUAAAUUCACGUUCUGUCCGUUGACUGGAAGAGCCUCAAAUCUGUGAGUUUCAUACAGGAUUUGCACAGUGAGUCUUUUUGCCUUCAUGAAGCAGACAGUGUGAAUAAGUUCACGGUGUUGAAUCGAUCUCCUGCUCUCUGUCUAAUCAGUAAUAAUCUCAUUUGUUUUGCACAAAGACAUGACAUACACAGAAAAGACCAGAUGGUCUUUGAACACAGAUCAGAAGUGUUGGACGUUUAUGAGCUGAAAUCUCUCAGUUUGAGAUCAUUCAUCUUGUCUCGUUAGCAGUGUGCUGUCGUUUAGUUUUCUGUUUUAAGCCUUCAGCUUUUCGUAAGAAUUCUGAGUGUAUUAGCUUUGUUCUGCUGACGAAGCUGCAGCUGUCUGUCCUGUCAAAUAAUAUUAUCUCAGGCUACUUUCACUGAGGAGAACAACAAGGAUUCAUACUUGAACAAGAAGACUGAUGAUGGAAACGGUCAAAUGUCGUUGGUUAUAUUAGUUUUAUCUCUUUAAUUGAUCUUGUUGCUUAGUUUUACCAAUUUAAACCUGAAGUGUGGAACCUUUGUCUCCCCCUUCUGGCAGUGGGAGUAAUUACACAAACACUGUCAACAUGCUUUGUGCCAUAGCUCUAGUUGUUGUAGUCUAUUCUGUCACUGUGGUUGGUCUCCUGCGCCCCUGGUAAACCAAUCAGUGGUGGUUGAUGUAAAACAUCACUACCGAUGCCACGGCGUGGGAACGUCACCACAGACACCAGAUUUAAAACCUCAGGUGUGCUGUGAAACACAGAUUUACCUGGUGGUCCCACACUCCCGGUUUAACACAGCAAUAACACAGAGCCAAGUGCUCCACUCCUUAAACGUUCCGCUCAGAAAAACUGUUGUUCUUUUAAGUUAAACACAUCUUUCAUAAGUUAAAAAAAAUCAACAUUUCACUUAGCUUUAGCUGCUAAUUAAGUGAACGUAUCGUUAACAAAUGCUUUGUAUUGCAUUGCUUGUAGAAACAUGAGGCCUUUAAUCACUCGUUACCAUCACUGUUCACAUCUGAGCUUUGUGAGCGGCCAAAAGUAAAAGUAUGAUAAUCUUUUAGACCAGGUGACCAAAUGACACCAGGUGUUCGUGUUCCGGUCAGAAAUCACCAUUUCAAUCAAACUACAGCACUUGUGUUAGCAUAAGACCGGUGUAUUCAUACACUUUGUCACAGGCUUAGAGUUGAGUAGCGUUUCAUGUGGAGCUGCUCAUUGUUUUCCUGGAUGUGAUUCAGAAACUGAUCCGUAUGAAGCGCUAACGUGUUGUUGUUGCGCCGUUUUCUGCUGCUUGUGGCCAUUUUUUAAUGUUUUUAUUUAUUUAUUGUUUGCAGGGAUUCUGCAUCUUCAUAUAUUUGUUUUACAUCACAUUACAGGUAUUUAUCCAAGUUACACAACCAAUAUAUGAUUGUUUUAAUGUUGUUACACUGAAGUGCAGCAGACUCAUUCACUGUCCAGAUCAUGCCAGUCAGUCAGCAGGUUCGUCUUAAAACACAGGUUUAACCAUCAUUAACAAUGGCCGAGUCCUUUCAGGUGCUAUUAUGUGAUGGAUAUUAGUUACACCUGUGCUCUGGUCAAAUGUCCAAAAUGAGGAAGCACUCCUGCAUUACGUCCAGCCAUUUAGCCAACUUUAUGCAAGUUAGUUACACAUGCAAUUUAAAAAAAAAAACAUUACGACAACAACUUGAACACAAAGUGAACUGCUGUCACUUUCCAUCAGUACUGUAUGACACAAAUUCCCUUUUUUUAAGUGGAAGCUGAUUACCUCCAUUGAUUUACAGGAAACUGUUUUGUGAACGUGUUGCUAAUGCAUUCAUUUUCAGAAGUAAACUGCAGCGUGAGCUGUGUCACAGUGAGUAAAACACAGGUGUAACGAAUAACACUAAUAAUGGCUCGGUUCUGUUCAGGUGCUUUUGUUGAGUCCGCAUGCCCCGGUGCACCUGAAUGGAAUGCAGCCAUGAUAAAUGUUAUGGGUUACACCUGCGUUUGGAAGUCAACGUGUCCUUUGUGAGGAAGAUCUGUUGCUUUCGCUUCAUCUGGUUUUUGUAAGUCCCACUUCACUUGAACAGAAUAAAAAU